CCUUCUCGCCCCCAAACAGCCAAAAACCCCCAGGCGGCCAGGCCCCCAACCCUCGCCGCCGCCCUCCGCCAGCGCUGGACCGACCUUCCGCCGGCCCAACCGCCUUGACCACGCCGCUCGCGCAGGCCUCUCACAAUCUGGCGACGCAGCGCAGGCCGCCGCUGCUGGCACGGUGCCCUGCUUCUCCGGUCGCAGCAUUCCCCCUCGCAACAUCCCCGCUACGGAGUGUAACAUCUACCAACACACAGUUACUAGCCAUUCUACUGUUAGCUCUGAGCUCCUUUGGUUUAGCGGAACAUCAAUCAUGGAAUUGUUGACAGUCUUAUUGUGGGGUUCAAUGUCACAAACAGCCAAACAGGAAAUAUGGAAGUGAAAACCCUCCCUUGAAAAUGCAAUUUGUAACAUUUCAUCUAUAUCUUGUUAUAGAAAGAUCCAUAGAAUCUAAGAUGCAAAUAAUCUUAUCUUCCUUAUUUAUCCUGGAUUGCCCUACCAUUUGAUCACACCAAGUUCCUCCCAAAGUGUCAUUUCUAUUUGGUUCCAAUGGAUCCUCGUCCUCCCAUUGGGUUCUCAAAUGGUAAGAGUUGUCCAAGUGAACCACCAGGAAAGCCCAAUCCGGUAAAUUUGCAUUCGCAGUUUCCACAGCAAAUCUCAUUUUCGCAUCCAUCGUAUGUCCACCAGCAAUUUCCACAGCAACACCUAUAUCCACAAAAUGUCCAGUAUGUUGUUGUUCAACCACAAUAUGCUCCAUUCUCACUGCCACAACUACCACCUCAACCUGCUGGGACUAUGUCAAUGCCACUGCCUGCAUCAGCUGGAACUAUGCCACUGCCUGCACUGCCACUUCAAUCUCCAAUUGCUGGAGCAGUGCCAUUUACGCCUGUGUCAUACUCAGGCACCCCGCACUCUGUAACUGGUUCAGAUUUACAAGACACUGUUAGUGUAGACAAUGAAGAGAACACUCAACCUGAUAGGACUUCUAAGCGAUUGCGAUUGAAUUGGACAGAAUUGGAGGACUCAAGACUGAUUAAUGCUUGGUUGAAUAGUUUCAAGCUGAAUAGUUCGAGGAGGAAUGACGUGUUCUGGGGAGAUGUCGCAAAGCUGUACAAUAGCAGCACUCCAAAAGAUCGGAGAAGGUCACGAAAGCAAUUGAAGCCCCACUGGCACAAGAUUACCAAGAAGAUGGCCCACUUCUAUGACUGCUGGUGCCAAGCUGAGAAGAAAUAUUCGAGUGUGCAAUCUGAUAAAAUGCAAAUGAUGGACAAAACAUGGGUAAAGUAUGACGAGGAAGCAAGGGCAAUGUACCUUGAGGAAGCAAAACAUCAUUUCACGUUGAGCCAUCUUUGGAAAGUUGUCUGGGACCAACCCAAGUGGAAAAACUACAUCUCUUCAUUAUAUUCCAAGGGUACCAAAUUAUCUGAGUCUGGAGACUCUACGUCAUCCUCUGAAGAUGCCAAUGAUGUAUCAGAAAAAGAAAUAGAUGAAAAAGAUAGCAUGUCUGCAAAGAAGAAAUGGGAAGGCAAAAGAAAGAUGUCAUCUCCUUCAUUAGAGUUGCAACAAGGCAUUCAAAGCUCAGUGGAUCCUCAAAAUGUGCUUGAGAAGAAUAAUUUAGUGGGAGACACUUCGAGGCUCUAUGAGUUUCAGCAUGAGAAGGAGCAAUUGAUGGCUCGCACUUCGAGUUUCAAUGAAUUUCACCAUGGAAAUUCAGUUAGGGAAGACAUUCCUGAAAAGGGAAGACAUCCGCAAGAUUGUAAAGUUCUAGAACAUGCAAUGACAGUGAGAUGUGCUCCAGAAAAAGAAACACACCCACAAAGUUCCAAGAUGGAAAAGGCCAAGUUGAAACGUAAAGGGAACAUAUCAUAUCCUUCCUCGGAGGUGCAGGAAGACAUUAAACAUGCAGUGGAUCUACAGCGAAUGCUUCAGAAGGAUCGUGAGAAGAUGUCGGAGGUACAAAUCCAACUCUCAAAAGAGAAGCUUGAGAUGGCAAGACUAAAGCACCAGGAAGCAAAGGAAAAGAAGGAAACAACACUCUAUGAGAAGUACACUGAGCUAUUGAUGGCUGACACUAAGAGGUUCAACGAUUUUCAGAAGGAAGAGCAUCAAAAGGCAGUGAAGUGCAUGGGUGUGAUGCUAUUUGGUAAAGAUGGUAAGUAAGUUUCUUUUAGUAGGGCACCUCCUUUUGUAUAUAGUGAAUCCUCGAAAUGUACUAUUGGUGCUUAUGCUUGUCAGUUUCGUUGAUAACUUUUACCGAGGUGCAAUCCUUGGAACGUAUCUUCUUGGUUAACAGUGUGCUACAGUUAGUUUCUGAAUUUAAAUUACUGAAAGGUACUGGGAGAACAUAGUCGGUUUCCUUCCUUUGAACC